AUGACGAUUGGAUCUAGAUCAAGUGUGACAGAGAAAAGCCUUGCGCAAGCUGUCUUGGUGCCAAAGUUCCUUGUAUUCGCUCGCGACCAAAGAGACGCCGUGCACCCUUGCCUAAGUAUGGCCCGCGUGGAUCAACUUUUGAUAUUGUUGGCUGAACCCCUCUGCAGAAACGAGAAAGUCAAACAAAGACAUAUCUAUAUCCGGUCGUUGCGCGAGACAGCUGUAUCACACAGCACAAAUCAUUCUCAUUGCUUCCCUGCCGAGCCUCCGGCCGAGGAAUCACACAGCGCAGGAGAGCAUUCGGGACCGGAAAACCUGGGCAGUGUAUCUCAAGCCAGAAGUGGAAGCCCUCACACGUCUUCCCUGCCCGAAAUACCUCGUCCGAUCUCCAUGCCCGAAGAUGGGAUUCGCGAUCCCGCCGAUUACUCAAACAGCACAAGCGACAUGAUUCGACAGGAGUUGGCCUCUCACCACAAUCUGUCUUCGCGCCAAUUCAUGGUACUUCAAUCAGCUCUUUCUCUUGUUGGAAAAUUCGUAUCGUCAUCUCAUAAUAUAGAACAUACCCAGCAGGAGAAAGGCGCCGACGACGCCAACGCGAUGCCACCCAGCGACCUUCCUCACGAAAUGUUCUACAAUCUACUCGGUGUUAAUAUCCACUCUCAUUGGCCUGAUCACAUUUCGUCCAAAACUCUAGAACGCAUUUGUCUAGUUGUUGGUGAUGGAACCGCGAGUCCCCAAUUAGCCCGCCAAUACAUGUUGUGCAUUCUCUCCAAGGCUGUCAUUUUUAUCAGUCGGUGGCUACGUUCACCAAUGUCUCAGGGUCUAGCGAAUUCUCUUGAGAAAUCUCGAAACUCCUACAUCACCUCCGGUCUACGAUGCCUACAUCAUAUUGAUUUUACCAGAUCCCCGACUCUGCCUAUGCUUCAAGCUCUUCUUUCGGGGGUAAGUACAUCGAAAUUCAUCUUCUACAUUCCACAGGGUUGUUGCUCAGUUGCUGAUAUAAUAAAGGCUACGCUUGUACAGCUUUUAGGUCAGACCAGUCGCUCUUGGGUAUUGACUUCUUUUGCUUCCAGGGGUCUUGUAGCCCUUGGAUAUCACCAAUUGACCCCAGCUCUUCUUGCUAGCCAGCAAAGAGAUGAAAUCCGAGAUUGCAUUUAUUGGUGUUAUUAUAUGGACAAGACACUGAGUAUGCUUCUUGUUCGCUCUUCCUCUUUGCCAGAUUUGCCAUACAACCCAGCAACAUUGGUCAAACCGGAACCGGAAAACCCCCUUUCUUACAAAGUCAAAAUCAUGGUGAAGCUUGCUUAUGUUCAAGAUCUCUAUCUCAAUGCCCUAGCAGAAAGACAAAAGAAUCGCCCAUAUCCAUCAAAUCUGGUGGAAUCACUUCAAUUUGAGUUGUAUUCUGUUCGUUUGGAAAUUCUAGAGGUGAGAAUUGAUCCCUAUCAUUCUUUCUCUCAGACUGACCGUGUGAAGUCCCGUCCCAACCACACCGCCACGCCAAUUCUAAAGUCCGAGUGGGAUGCUGUCGACUUUACAUACUUUUCAAUCGCGUGCACUGCUCUCCGCCUCGAUUCAAUCUACCUCCAUGAUCACAAAAAGCGAGAAGAAUGUGUACAAUGUGCGCGAAAAUGCCUGCAAGCAAUGCAGGAAUGCCAUGCAUACGUCUCCAGCACAUCCAAAACCACUCCGGAUUCUCUUUUCUGGACCGUGCUUUUAUAUCCCUUGACACCAUUCUUUGUGAUUUUCUGCAACAUAGUCGCGACUUCCAACGCUAGCGACUUAAUUCUUUUGAAGGAAGCCACUGCUACCGUUGCCAGCAUCGGAGAGAAUUUCUCAUUUAGCAUGAAUCUCCACAGCUUGCUAUCUCAAUUGAUACAUCUUUGCUCACUACUGGAAAAUCCGGGAAGGCAACCCUCAAUAACCAAUACCGGAGAUAUCACAUCCAACGACGAAUCAUCCGUACCUCCAAAUCUUUCCAUCUCCAUGAUAGCGAAGAGCUCACAGGAAGAUCAACAGCUUCAAGAGCCAACGGUUUCUGAUCCCGCUUCCGGGCUUCAUACACAGACAAACUCGAAUUUCGAUUAUUCAUCUUUGGACCAAUCAAGCGAUCAGAAUGGAUCGAAACGCAAUUCAAUAUGGGAUGGUGGGCUAUUGUGGGACUUUUUCAACAUCCAACCCUCUGUAGAGUGGUUUGACGCGAGCUACAACGAUUUCUUGGAACCCCCGCUAGACUAA